UUCCUUUCACACGAAAAGUCCUCCAUCUUGAAUUUGAAAACCACGCCAGCCGAAAAGGAAAAAGUUGUCAGUCCAAAUUAUACUGAAUUCAAAUUAUAUCGAAUUAUACUAUAGCUCCGUUUCAGGAAGUGUAAUCAAGUAGGAGAAAAUAUGCAGAGAGACAGAUUUAUGCAUGGAGGUCUUGGGAGGGAUGAAUAUGAAUAUGAUCAACUGAGGAAUCAAAGAUCUGGGCUAUUGCCUAGAGAGAGAGAAUAUGAAAUGGAUAAUCAAGGUGCAUACUCAACUGGCCUAUUAGGAGAGGGACCUGGUGCUAUGAGGCCCCGAGUUGGUGGUGGCGGCGGCGGGGGGGUUAGUGGGGGUCUUCUCUCUGAUCCUCUGUUAGGUGGUGUUGUAGCUGCUGGAAAUGAUUCUUUGACAGCUGGUCUUCAAGAACAACUUUUGCAACAUAAACGACUUGAGCAACAGUUAAACUUGAGAGAGUCACAGUUGGCUUUAGCUAGCAACCUACUACAACAACAGAAUAAAAUGUUGGGAGAUAUUCAGACGGGAACAGGUUUAAUGGGUCCAGCUCCUGGUAAUAUUCCAUCACUGUUGGAUAAUUUGCCUCGGAAGAGAGUUAAUGAAGGUGCACGAAUGGACCACAAAAGAUCAAGAUUUGAUGAAGGACCUGCUCGAAGUCAAUUUGGAGAUCGAAGAGAUGAUCGAAGAGCUCAUUCAGAUGACCGUGCUGUACGUAGAAGAGAAGAUGUAUAUGAUCCAGAAUAUCCCACAGGAGAAAGGCCGGAGGGGCGAGAUCAAACCCGCACUAGAUAUUUCUGCCAUGCCUGUGACGAAGAAUGUUUUACUGAAAUGGGUUUUAGUAAGCAUCUGCAUUCUCGUCGUCAUGAAGAUAGAGUUAGAGGAGUUGGAGAAGUUGCUAAGAACAGCCUCGAUAGAAAUAAAGCUCAACAACAUCUUCGUAAUAUUGAAGGACAAGAUUUUUGUCGUAUCUGUGACGAAACUUUAAGGAUACCUUUUGAACACCACAAGAGAACUACUAUUCAUAAGAAACGAUUUCAACAAACUAAUAUGGGUUGUGGUUGGUGUAACGUUCGAGGUUUUAACAACUUCAGAGAAGUACUGAAACAUAGAGACACCAAAAAACAUAUUGAGAAUGAAAAGAAAAUGAAAGGGAAAGAUAGUACAACUAGUAGUAGCAGUAGCCGUCGAGAUAGCCGUAAAAACGAUAAAGAUGAUGAUGAUGUUGUUAUUAUUGGUGAAAAGAAAGCAGACAAAAAAUCUGAUACUAGAAGGAAAUCAAAUGGAAGUUCACGUCCAUCUAGUAAACCUGCAACAAAAAAAGUGGAGGAGAAACCUAAAGAGGAUCCAAAUGUGUUUAAUGUCAAAGACUUGGAGGAAGCUGAAAAAAUAGAAUUUGAUGCAGAGAGAGCCAUUGGUCAGAACCUUGUCGUACCAGUUACAGGUUUCUUCUGUAAAUUAUGUCAUAAAUUCUACAACAACGAAGAAGCUGCUAAAGUCGGACAUUGUAAAACUCAAAUACACUUUGAUAAAUACAAGGCUACCAUGAUUGCUAAGUUUAAGAAGAAGGCAGAAUCUGAGGCAAAAGUUAAGGAAGAAGCUGCUAAGAAAGCAGCUGAAAAAAAGGAGGCUGAGGAGGCGAAGAAAACAGAGUCCAAGGCAACUGAAGAUUCAGAGAAGGUAGAUGUCAAGAAAGAAAAUGGAGGAGACAUUACGGAAGCUGUUCAAAAUGAAGCAGAAUCUAACGAAGCCCAGGAAUUAGGACAAAAUACCUCCCUAGAGGAACCAGAAAACAUUGACUUGUCAUCUGCUGAUCCUGUUUAUUUGGGUUAUGAUGAAGAUAAACAAGCUGAUGAACAAACUGAUGAUGUUCAGCAACUGGCUGAAGAUGAAGAAGAAAACAAUAACCAAGAUGAUACAAUGGAAGCUGACGAAUCUUCUAUUCUUGAUGCUGAGGGUGAAAAUGAAGAAGGAACAGAAGUAGAAGAAGAGGCUGAAGCAGAAAAAGAGAGCACAGAGGCAACACCAACCGCAAAGAGUCCACGAGGUCGAGUUCGAACUGGUAAAUCACGCGGAGGAAAGGCUAAGCGAGGCAAAAAAUAAAUUCUCCAUAUAUUUGAAAGAUAAUCAUUUUAAGCACAUUGUAUUUAAUUCCAUCUUUUAUUCAUAUCUUUAUGAGUCGGUCAUAUUAUUCACAUACUGUAGUGUUCAGUGUUGAAUUAAAUUCUAAUGGUGAAGAUUAUUCAUGUUACAUUUGUAAAUAUUGGGAGGUAGAUGUAUGUAGAGUUCUUUUCCAAAAUCAGAUAAAUGCAAGGUCAGUUUUUUAUGAAAAAAAACAGGCAGUUUCCUUUUUAUCAAGCGAAAUUCACAUGAUUUUUAAUUGUGGUCUGAAACCGCCUGCUUAAAUAACGAUGAGAGUUAUGCCCCUUUAUUUUUGGUAAACAUAUCCGACAAGAAAAAUUUUGAAUCGCAACACUUAGUGAAUCAGUUACACAGUUGCAUUCAGGGGGCCAACCCCUUGAUUGUAUGCCCUCAUGACUCAAGUAUAGGGUCUAAUACUUAGAAAUGUAAGAAACCAUGAAAUGUUAAAUGUGAAAACGGAUGAAUACAUAAAUUAAAUUGGGCAGCUUGUACAACGAACUAAGUUAACAGCGAUUAUUUCAUAUUUAAUUUCACUCUCUUGAUUGAAUGUACCCCUUAAAAUUGAUGCCCCCUCUGUUCCAGGGGCUAAGUAAGAGGGAUGCAUUGAAACGCUUUGCAUUAUGGUUUUGAGUUUUUGUGCCCCCUCACAAAUGGCAAAAAGUCAUGCGGUUUCAAUGUAGUUUUCAACAUUAUAAUCAUAAUCAUAAUGCUCAACCAGUGUCAAACAUAUACCAUGGGUCAGAUACGAUACAAAUUGACUCUUAACAUGUUCCACACGCCCAAUAUUACCCCCUCCCCCGCACACAAAUAUAAAUAUUGUUUUUUGGGGGCCCGGACGGGAUCUUGUUCCUCAUGCAAAAUCAUGGGUCACCUGCUCUGUUACCCUUCUCUGUACAUCACUGUAUUCAUUGAAUUUAAAACCAUAUCAUAUUCUUUAGAGAGAAGAAAAGAAAAACUUGAAUCCCGUUAGUUAUAUUUUGGAAAAGACAUCUUCAUUUACUAUUAGAGGUCUAUAUCAUGUUGGUAAACAGAUAGUCGCUAUCAUCCAGAAAAGAUAUCUUCAUUUGCUAUUAUAAAAUCGGUUUCAGUGGUUCUGAACCUUUUGUUGCCAACGGCACACAUUGGAAUACAUGAAAAAAUAACGACACAUAGAUUGACUCAAACUAAAUAAAGAAAAAUACAGCUAUGAACUUAGCAGUAGACACCAAUGAAUACUCAAUUGGGAUCACAUGUUUUUUUUUGCAUUUUCUUAGAGUGCCGUUCAAAAUUUCGCGGCACACCUGGUUGAGAAUCACUGGUCUAUAUCAUAUUGGUAAACAGACUGUUGUAAAUAUUGGUAUUCGCAUGCAAGCGUACUUAAUCAAAAUUGUCAGUUUAAAAAAAUGGAGACAGAUAAAUGAUAUCAAAUUUUUUAUUAUUUCUAGUAUGGUACAAAAAGUAUUGUAAUGCUUCGUUACAUUUCUUAUGUUAUUUAAAAAUAGCAGUCUUAUAGAAAAAAUGUAAUUUGGUUUCCAUGAAAAAAUUAAAAUAGUAUAUAUUAAAAA